AUGCCAGCAUCCGUCGUCUGGACAUGCAAUCUACUCUCACAAUGGUUCUAUGGUCUCGCAGACUCAUUCCCCUCACAAUUCGGAGUUGAUACCCUCAAUAACUUCGCAAAUACUGCAGGUUUCGUGCAGCAAGGAAACAUGAAAUAUUCCCAGAUAGCUACCUGGGCCUGCAUCCCGCUGUUGACAUGUCACGGCGUUGAUGCGGCUAACCCUGCGGACAAUGUCCCCAACCUGGAGACUAUGGAGCAAGAUACUCCUUUCUUCUCCAAGGAAUGGCAGGUUCUUGGCCCAUUCGAGAUAGGCACAAGAGAGUCGUCAUGGGGUACCGACCCUCUUGAGACAUAUGGCGGAUUUCAAAAGCUGAAAUAUGACCCCAAUGCUUCCUUCCUCAGCUCCCUAGGGCCAGAUGGGGCUGUGAAAUGGUCACCCGCCUCGUCUAGUCUCAAUUCAACCGCUAGUCCACCAGAGACUACGCUCCAUAUUAACUUACCACCUGAGAACCGGACGUCCCUUCAAUCUGUAUACGGGUGGGAUGCACUGCAGUACCAAGCAUGGGCACGUGGAAAGCUAACCGUACCUGGAAACGGAACCGAGCCUGUUGCAGUUGCGUUGCACACGGUUCGAACUUGGGAGAUUCGGGUUGACGACCAGUUGUAUUUUGGUGGUGACUUUUUUGCCUUUCGAAGAGCACCGCUUCUCCUGAGCUUGAAACCUGGACCGCAUCAGAUUGACCUUCGAGUGGUCCGUGAUGUCCGUGCCCUCGGUGGUGUUGGCGAGCCAUCUAUCGAUAUCAUCCUUGUGGCGGAAAAAAUACCCAGUCAAUUGAUUGUGGAUGCGAAGAGCAUUUUGGUAGCAGAUGUGGUUGAGAAUCGUUUGAUUAGCCCCUAUGCAUCUAUUACUCUUCAAAAUGCCAUGGGAAGCCUUGUACAAGUGACCGAUAUCAAGGCCGAUGAUCCGACUUCGGGACUUGAAUUGAAGCUCUUGAAGGGAGUAAGGCUAGAUGGACACCAAUCUCGUGCCGUGGGAUUCACGAUCACACGAGGCUCAGAGGCGUCGACUUUCCCAACAGAGCUUUCCUUCCAUUUCGAAUAUACGGUAAAGGGGAGCGCCACAGUUCGUCAAACGCCAAAAGUGACUAUCAAAUUUACAAGCCGGCAGAUGUCCGAGGUUCAACAAAAUACCUUUAUCCAGCCAGGAGGCGUGGUAUCUUACGCAACUAUGCGUCCACCAUCACCUCAGAAAUGCACAGAUAAGACAGCAAAGCUCCCAGUGCUCCUCGGCCUCCACGGAGCAGGACAAGCAGCGAGUGAUGAGAUAAUUCGGACUAUGCUCGAUGGUGUAAAAGAUAUAUGCGCCUGGACCCUCUUCCCUAGUGGUGUCACACCUUGGAGUGGAGAUGAUUGGCACACUUGGGGAUUCGCCGACCUGCAAAAUUCAGUCCAUGCGCUAAAUGACUGGAUCAAGGCCGUUUCGUGGACUGGACCUGAGAUAGUAAUCGAGGACUGGAUAGUUGCCGGUCACUCGAAUGGCGGCCAGGGAACUUGGUACACUAUCUCCCAUUACCCCGACAACGUCAUUGCAGCUGCUCCUGUUGCAGGUUAUACAUCUAUCGAGAAUUAUGUUCCAUACUCCAUGUGGCAUAAUACGGAUGCCUUGCUGGCCGCCCAAUUUUUCAGGGCACGCCAGGACUUCAAGCAUGAGCUUCUUCUUGACAACUUUGUUGGGAUCCCUGUACACCAGCAGCAUGGCGCUUCGGACGACAAUGUAGUCGUUUAUCACUCACGUCUCAUGCAUCGACUGAUGAAAGAGAAUGGCUGGCCCUCGGAAUAUCUCGAAGUUCCUGGAAAAAAUCACUGGUAUGAUGGCAUAAUGACUUCUGACUACCUCAAGGAAUUUUAUUAUAAAUACGCCAAACGCCCUGAUUCGGACCACCUCCUCCCCGUCAACUUCGCAAUCACCAUCCCUCCUGCGGGCCCAGAUCGAGCUGGAUCCAUCAACGUUCAACGAGAUCUGAGUACCCAUGUCUGGAAAAUAACGACUCGCAACAUCCGUCGUUUCCAUCUAGAAUUAUCCGCUGUGAGAGCGCUUCCUCCAUCGCAGAUCCAGAUUGAUGGCUCAGAGCCGUUCCCUGUCACGACUGAAAUCAAAUCUGCAACAACGUGGUACACGCAGGAUAACUCCGGGAAGUGGAUGGCUUCUCAGGAAGCUUCAUGGCGCACUACUUCCGAGCGGUACGGCAGACAGACAGGUGUGAACGCUAUUCUUCGCACACCUGGACCAUUCACCGUAUCGUCUAGUUCUAGCGAUACUGAUGUCCUUGCACUGCAAACGUGCCGAAAUCUGUUCCAAUAUCUAUCGGCCGAUUGUGACUUGUUCACUUCAUCCGAUGGCUCCGCGUCCACUACUGCGACGGGCAAUGUUAUUACUCUUUCGCUUGGCCAUAAUAUCGGGCCGUCUACGCUUGCCACAUUCCCGAUCUCCCUUAACGGGAACGGAUUGGUCGUACAGUCCGCACAAGGUCCAACAACAUACCCAUUCGAGGCGGGCCUUGGUGCCAUCUUCAUACGUCCUCUAGAGAACGAACGCCUUGAGCUGGUCAUCUGGGGAUACGACAUGGCCGGUCUCCAGCAGGCGGCUCGUCUGGUCCCUGUCCUAACGGGAGUCGGCCAGCCUGACUUUGUCGUUGUCAACAAGGGAACUCCGCUGAAGGGCCAGGGUUCUCUUUAUGCUGCUGGAUUUUUCGACUCCACUUGGAAGAUUUCUGCCGCCUCCUAUGUUUCCUGA